AUGCCAGGUCAGCUAUGUGAUGGAGGCCAGAACCUAGGCUCGGUCCAGGCCCUAUGGACGCCCCCAGUCCGUUCGGGGACGGCCCGCAGACGCCCCCUGGAACCCACAGAUGCGUUCCGGGGGCCUCAGAAGGCCCCCCCGUUUGGCGCCAGACUUCACCCCCACUGCCGGAUCCGAGACUGGCCCGUUAAGCCCUCCAGGCCCCCUGGCGUGUGGGGGAGACAGGGUGGGGGUGGCACGAGGCAGCAGAGAGCAGGGCUUCAUCCUCCAAUAACACCCCCUCAGUCCUACUUCGUGUCUGACUACGAUCCCACCAUUGAGGACUCCUACACGAAGAUCUGCACCGUGGAUGGCAUCCCGGCCCGGCUGGACAUCCUGGACACGGCGGGCCAGGAGGAGUUCGGGGCCAUGCGGGAGCAGUACAUGCGUGCAGGCCACGGCUUCCUGCUGGUGUUUGCCAUUAACGACCGGCAAAGCUUCAACGAGGUGGGCAAGCUCUUCACACAGAUCCUCCGAGUCAAGGACCGUGAUGACUUCCCAGUCGUGCUGGUUGGGAACAAGGCAGAUCUGGAGACACAGCGGCAGGUGCCCCGAUCGGAAGCCUCCAGCUUUGGCGCCUCCCACCACGUGGCCUACUUUGAGGCCUCAGCCAAACUGCGCCUCAACGUGGACGAGGCCUUUGAGCAGCUGGUGCGGGCUGUCCGGAAAUACCAGGAACAAGAGCUCCCGCCCAGCCCUCCCAGUGCCCCCAGGAAGAAGGACGGAGGCUGCCCAUGCAUCUUGCUGUAGCCGGCCAGGGACGUGACCAGCACAAGCUUGAGGGACCAGCAGCCUCACACCCUGCCAUGUGGCCCGAGGCCCCCGCUGAGCCUGUUUCUUCCUCUGGA